GUGUUGUUCGUUUGAGCCAAAACCAGUGCAUUUGGGAGGGUAGGGGGCUGCAUCUCUUACCCAAUGUGCCCCUCCCCCCAGGGGAUUGAAUGCUUUUACAAUGCACCUGGGUUGUUCAGAACAAAACUCAAAAUGGCGUUUCAGGGAAUAAUUUCGUUAGCCUCUUUGUAUAUCUUGGGUUUAUUCCUUUUGUUGCCUGCUUUAACUACUCUUAUGUGUGCUUUAGUGCUUAUUCAAUAUCUACACAAGAAAUACUCGCGAAUACCUGGACCGGAGAGGGAAAGUUUUAUCUGGGGAAACGCAAAGGAAUUCCAGAGACUUCAAAAACACGGCAAGCGUAAAGAAGAAAUUCUACGAGAACUGAGCGAAAAAUACGGACCCGUCUUCGUGACAUGGGAGAUUCACAAGCCUGAAGUUACCAUAACGGACCUAGAGCUUGUGCGAAAUGUUAUGGCUUCUAACUUUUCGAAAGACAGACAAGUUGAGGAGAAAAUGGCGAUUCUUUUUGGAGAGAGAUUUUUAGGUGAUGGUUUCGCGACUUCGAUGGAUCCUAACACAACGCUUCGAAAACGUCUGGUUUUAGAUGCUGGUCUGAAUGAAAAAGCCCUUGGCAGCCUAAUGGGUGGGUUGGAGGAAUGCUGCGAUAAGUUUUCUCAGAGUCUUAGUGAAAUAACGGAUGGUAAAACUGCAAUAGACAUGGAGGACUUUGUAAAGAGGAUGGCUCUAGAUAUUAUGGGAAAGGUUGCAUUUGGAAUCAAGAUAAACUCUAUUGAAGACCCCAACACUCCAUUUUACACAGCUCUAGAAGAAAGUCGAUCCGCCACUCACUGGGCACUUGAACACCCAUUGUACCAGUGGGAUGUGACAAGCUUUGAGUACCAGAAUGAUGUCAAGGAGGCAGUGAAGUUUAUGAGAGAUUAUGGCAAGAAAGUGAUCGAUGGCCGGCGUGUAGCUAUGGAUGAUGGAGAGGAUGUCCCAUGUGAUGUGUUGGAUGCAAUGUUAAAAGCUGCAGAUGAGCAUGGGGAUAUCACACUGGAUGACUUGCUUGAUGAUUUUAUCACUGCGAUUUUUAUUGGCCAGGAGCAGGUAUCAUCAGUGCUUACAUCUGUAUUUCUGGAGACAAGCAGACAUAAGGGAAUACAAGAAAAACUUGUAGAAGAGUUCAAUUCAGUUCUUAAACAAGACAGACCCACACUCCAAGACCUCAAAAGUCUCAAGUACUGUGACCUUGUGAUAAAGGAAACUAUGCGCAUGCACCCCCCUGUUCCAGCAGUAUCCUAUAUAACAUCCAGGGUGGAGCGGAUUGGCAGGCACUGCAUUCCAGAAGGAACCAAGCUUCAAAUUCUCCCUUAUAUAGUACACAGGGAUCCUGAGAUCUGGGACCAGCCUGAUGAGUUUCGACCAGAGAGGUUUGCAGAAUGUCAGGAUGUAGCUCCACCGUCUUACAUGCCAUUUGUUCCUGCGGUCCAGGACUGCAUUGGAAGAGAGUUCCUAGAUGUUUCCAUCAAGCUUCUACUAACCAAACUGCUUCCCAAAUUUUGCUUUAGCCAAAUCACAAUUGAUGAUGGCGGCAUCAAGUGUCUACUAAGUAACUAUGAAGAGUCUAACUAAUAGUAAAAAUGGUGAACAAUGGCACUGGGGAAAAAUAUGUAUUUUCUGGCUCAAACCACAACAAUGUGUUUGAGCUUAUAUUAAUGUCAAGGUAUUUAUAAAUCAAAGAAUAAGUUAUAAAGUUU